UAAGCAAAGAAUUCUUAAUUCUGGAAAGCUGUUAGUAAUUGGUUUAUUAAUUAACGAGUAUAAGUUAAUAAUGUUAGUUUGUUUUUUUCAAUAAGCAACUAUUAUUCCCUAAACAUUUGCGUCGUUUAGUUUAUAAAUAUAAAUUACUACGCAAUGACAUCGCUAAAUUCAAUGUUUACGAUUGUAUUAAUAUUUUUCUCGAUUAUUUCGACUCUUGUUCGCGGUCAAGAUGUCUGUGUCAAAAAGGGACCUUGCACUUGCGAGUAUUCCAACGGGACCGGCGUAGAUUUGUCACCUGCGGCUAAAGCCACAUUUUACACCACUCAAACUUAUGAGUUAAGAAUGGCUGGUGCUGAGUACACUCUUAUUACAUAUUUCUACCACCCUUGCUACGAUGUUACGCCAAAUGUAAACAGCACAAAUCCUGGUGGUUGCGGCAGCGCAUUAUCGAUGUGUAAGCAAACAACUAAUUUCAAUUAUAAUGCAACAAUACAAGGUUUUAUAUCUGAUGGUGGUUUAUAUGAAAAAAUGGGAGAUACAAAUGGUUCCACCUUUAGUGCUGAUGGAAAAUCUAUUAUUUACUCAAAUAUUCCAUCAUCUACUAUAGUGAUGCUGGUGUGUGCUGAAGCAGACGGGGACCUUAAUGUGUUCUCACUUAUGGAGCCUAACAAAAUAGUACUAGCAUUCUAUUCAAGACACGCGUGCCUGAAAGUGAUUGAAGAAUCUGGAAGAUCUCUCGGUUCUACACUUCUAAUUGUCUUCUUCUCUUGUGUGAUAUUCUAUCUGGUCCUCGGAAUUUGUACUAAGAAAUUCCUUAUGGGAGCGACUGGAUUAGAAAUCAUACCAAACGUAGCUUUUUGGAGCGACCUACCUAAUCUUGUCAGAGAUGGUUGGGCAUUUGCUAUCAAUGGAUUCAAGCUGCCAACCCGUUCUGGUCCUGUGACAUCACCGGACCCUAACAGCUAUGACAGCAUAUAACAGCAGGAUCCACAAGGACUUCAGCUCCUCAUACAGUAAAGAACUUCUCAGAAUAGUGCUAUCUACGAACAUUCGUUUAUGUUGGCCAUCUUUUGUACCUUUGUUCUAGGCUGUGUGUUGAACGGGGGUUUGUGACCAUUAAUUAGUGGGACUGAUAUUUUUAAUAAUUGUAGCAAAGAUUGGCUCUUCGUAGAUGGCACUAAAGUUUUUAAAGGACAAGUCUACACACUUCUAAGUAUAUUUGGGAGUUUAAAAGACGAAUUAUUAUAUAAAUACGAUUCUAUACAAUAUUUUGAAAUUAGGUUUUUUUUAAUUUCAAAGAUAAUUCCCGUUCACACGAUUCGCAUUUAUUCAGUUUUUAUGGAAAUGAGUUUAGGGGCCGUUCAAGUAUUACGUAGUAAAGACUAUGGAGUCUAUGUCUACUACUAAAGUCUAUGAUUAUCUUAUUUGGUGAUUUCGUCAACAGUAAUUAUUCACUUUUUUAUUCACACAUAAUAAGCCACACAUUGUCUAUGCUUGAAAUCGAAAUGCAUUUUUGAGGAUUCCUACAAAAAAUUAAUACGUUUAUGUACUUUUGAGAGCUCUGCAUACUUUUGCUAACAAGAGGGCGGGUGUUGUAUAAAUUGGAAUAAAUCUGCUUACGUAAUACUUGAACGUCCCCUUAGUCGCGAUUCGUCAAUUAUCGUUAAUAAAUAAUAAUAUUAGAGAAUUAAAUCAUUCUAUAAUUAAAGACAAUAAAACGUAUCCGUUGUGUUGAUUCGAGAUUUGGGUCAAUUAAUUUUUUUUUUAAAUUUCAGUCCAAUAUAUUUAAACAUUCAAAACCUGCUAUUUUUGUCUACUUAUGCACCUUUGUAAAGGUAAGAAAAAUACGAAACGCGAAAAAUGACGAUAAAAACUGAAUAAUUUUUGAAUUUCCCUUCCAACCUUUGGUUUUCGCAAAAUAUUACUAAUUUUAAGAUUUUUUUUAGAAAUUGUUAAAUUGAAAUAAUGGGCCCUAAACAACAUAUCGUAUAAAUAAAUCAGUAUCUCAUAUACUUAGAGAAAUGUUACCUUACUGUUAAAAAAAAAAACGAAAUCAUUUUUUUAUGUGUUAUGUUUUACCUCUAAGAGAUUUAAUCUCUGGUUCUAGUGAAAAUAGUUUGUUUAUUAUGCUAACUGCCCACUCUAUAUAAUUCAAUCUCUUUGGUUAUCCCCUAACUAGUCUAGUUUGCAUAAUAUCAUAAAUUGAGAAAACAAUAGAGAUUUUAUAAAGGUCUUGGUUGUGGUCUUGGUCAAUAGACAUUUUAACGAUAAAUUGAAUUUGAAUAAAAAUUGAUAUAGCACUUUAAGAGCAAAUAAUAAUCAUUUCGUGGCUGAAAUUGGGAUCAGUACUUCACGCGUCACGAUAGCAAAACCCUUUAAGGAAGAAGUGGAAAAUAAGAGAUGUGAUGGAAGCACUACGAAUUAUUUUUUGGGCCUAAUUAAUAUAUUUUGUUUACCAAUAUGUACACGUUAUUAGGUACACCUUUCGGUGAUAUACUGAUAACGAAGAUUUAAACUAGAAAUCAUCUCAACAUCCGGCAUAAAAGGUUAGAAACUCGAAAUUAUUGAUAUUAAAGGAAUCGUUUUGAAGCAUUAUUUUUUAUCAAUUUUUUUUAAUAUCAUAAUUUAGUAUAAAUUAUAUGAUAGCAGGCUUAUACUUUUCUAUAUUCGACAUUAAAUAUUAGUUAAUGAAACCAACCCGUUGUGUGAUAUUUGUUUGUUAUUAUGUUAAAACGUCUAUUUUAAAGAGAAUUUUCUCUGUUUAAUAAUUUACCGUCCUCGGCUUAUUUUUGCUCAAAACCUGAUAUAGAUAAAAAUUAUUUAUACAUAAAAUUAACAAACAUAUGAUCUUGGUAAAAGUAUGAAAAUGUCGGAAUAGAUUUUUGUUUAUGCCAAGGCCAGUAAUAUUUUGUACUAUAUUGAAGAAAGGCUAGUCUUUCACUCGUAUAUAAAUAACUCUUGCCAUGUAAUAAUUGGAUACGAUUAUUUAUGUGUCCCAAGAAAAACAAAUGGAAUUUGAAUAUCGAUAGCUUUAGAAAUAUUUUCAUAUUUUUGCGGUAUCGUCGCUUUUUGGUUGUACAUUUUGUUUGAGUUUAAAUAUCUAGUGUAAUGUCACUUAAUGUAUGAAGUAUUUUUGUAUCCAAUAUGUAUAACUAGGUGUUUUUUUCCGUGAGUUUUUGUAUACAAUUUAAAUUGGAAGAUGUUUUUCAAUUUAUACUAUAGUGUAUGUAAUCCGUGAAUGUGCAAUAAGAUACUUUUUAUAAUUUAGCACAAACUCUUAUUUGUAUAGAAACUGUGUGUAUCAAGUCUUAUAAUAAAUUUGUUGAGCAUAUUAAA